AUGGAAAAUAGGGGGAGUGAUGUGACACAAAUUGAUUAUGUUGGAAGUGAUGUAGAAAGGGGAAGUGAGGAGUGUAGGAGGAAUGAAGGAGAUGUACUCAUUCAAAAUAUGGAGACUAUAGUAUUGCUGGUCGGGCAAAAUAUUGAGAAAAACAAAACAGAUGCAAGAACUGAAGAAGAGCAAGUAGAAUAUGGAAGGGGACAACGACAUAGACAACCACCCGCCAAGUUCAAGGACUAUUUUCAACAGCGCAAGGGGUGGGAACUACACCAAAUGGAUGUGCACGAUGCAUUUUUGCAUUGUGACUUAAAAGAGGAGGUGUACAUGAAAUUGCCUCCAGGUUUCACAGCAUACGGAUUCAAAUUCAUGCAAACACCAAGACAAGAUCACUGGGAAGCUGCACUUCGAGGGGUUAGUUAUAUGAAAGGAAAUCCUGGGCAAGUUGAAAGGAUUGUUGGCUUCAUUGGGAUCGUACACAAAGGACCUUUGCAGAUAUUUUGUGAUAGUCAAGCAGCUCUUCAUAUAGUUGCUAAUCUAGUGUUUCAUGAUAGGACGAAGCAUAUAGAAGUUGAAUAUCAUUUUGUCCGAGAUGAGCUUCAACUCGGCAACAUUACUAUAUCAUAUGUCUGA